AUGAAGUAUGGCAAUUACGGCUUGCUCGACGACACCUACUCCGUCCGACGUUGUGAUGGUAUUGUGAGAACGUCUCUUGAAGAGAUCAAGUCAAAUUUACGAUCUCUAAGCGACCAAUGUACCAGUCUCAGCAAUCAGUUGAAGUCGAAGCAAGACAGCGAAUUCGAGGAGAUACGGGAAUAUAUUACGGAGCACUGUCAUAUCGAGCUGGCCGAGACUAACCAUUCAUUGAUGGACCUCCUAAAGAUCCAAGACGAUCUUGCGCUGUUUUUCUGUGAGAACAAGGGUACCUUCAAAAUCGAGGAAUGCUUUAAAAUAUUCAAAAUUCUCCUCAUACGACUCCGACAAGCACUGCAGGCAUGUGUCGAGAACGAGGAGAGGGAAAAACGCCUCUCCCGAAAGCAGAGAUCAAAAACCGUAGAUGAGAAUGCACUUGAGAGGGAAGGUGGAAAAGCUGACGAGGAACAGAAGGAAGAAAAAUUCUUAGCCACUCUCGAGAAAGGACAGAAAUUCCAGUGA